AUGGAGGUGUCCCUUGUUAACUUUGAGAACCCAGAUGAUGUCGGCAUCUAUGUGGGUGACCCGGGUGACUCAGACUGCCAGACCGAGAUGACCACGCUCACUGCGGGCACGCCUGGCCGAAGCAGGGGAAACAACCGCCUGAGCACACCGCCGCAUUCACCUCAACGGGGAAGACAAGGGCAGCAGCCAGGAAAACAGGGGGCCUCACCCACAACACCUCCCGCGCCCAUCAAAAGGGGGCGCCCAAGCAGCGGCAGCCUGGUCUCCAACUGGAAGCUCCUGCUGAACAGUGAUGGGACGCAGAGCGAGACCAUCUUCAACAAGCUGGCUAAGGAGUGCUGCGAUGACCUUUUCUGUGAAAAGGGGGGGCUGGAUGACGGGGAACAGAAGGUGAUCAUCAACAUCGCUGGCCUGCGGUUCGAGACUCAGCUCAAAACCCUGGACCAGUUUCCAGACACACUCCUGGGGGACCCCAUGAAAAGGAUGGACUACUUUGACCCCAUGAGGAACGAAUACUUCUUUGACCGUAACCGUCCCAGCUUCGAUGGGAUUUUGUACUACUACCAGUCUGGAGGUAAGGUCCGGAGGCCGGCUAAUGUCCCACUGGAUGUCUUUGCAGAUGAGAUUGUUUUCUAUGAACUGGGAAGCGAAGCCAUGGAGCAGUUCCGUGAGGAAGAGGGUUUUAUCAAGGAGCCGGAGGUGCUCUUGCCCACUAAUGAAGUCCACCGGCAAUUCUGGCUCCUGUUUGAAUACCCUGAGAGCUCCAGCGCAGCUAAGUCGGUGGCCUUAGUGUCUGUCUUUGUCAUUGUCAUCUCCAUAGUCAUCUUCUGCUUGGAGACGCUGCCGGAGUUCCGUGAGGACAUGGACACCUUCCCAGCCCUGUCCCAGCUCCUCAACCAAACCCAGGAUGGCUACGCCUCUCUCUCUCCCCCCAGCCCCACCCCCAAGACACUUGCCGCUACCUUCACCGACCCUUUCUUUAUAGUGGAGACUAUCUGCAUAAUUUGGUUCUGCUUCGAGCUCACUGUGCGCUUUGUAGUCUGUCCAAGCAAGAGGGACUUCUUCAACAACAUCAUGAACAUCAUUGACAUCGUCUCUAUCACCCCUUACUUCGUCACCCUGGUGACGGAGCGGAUGGCCACACCGGAUGCCAACUCCAGCCAGAACAUGUCGCUGGCCAUCCUGCGUAUCAUCCGCCUGGUGCGUGUCUUCCGAAUCUUCAAGCUCUCCCGGCACUCCAAGGGGCUUCAGAUCCUUGGCCAGACCCUGAAGGCCAGCAUGAGGGAGCUUGGACUGCUCAUCUUCUUCCUCUUCAUCGGGGUCAUCCUCUUCUCCAGCGCCAUCUACUUCGCCGAGGUGGACGAGCCCCAGACACAGUUCAUCAGCAUCCCGGAGGGCUUCUGGUGGGCGGUGGUGACGAUGACCACCGUGGGGUACGGCGACAUGUGCCCCAUCACUAUGGGUGGAAAGAUGGUGGGCACGCUGUGCGCCAUUGCCGGCGUGCUGACCAUCGCCCUGCCCGUGCCCGUCAUAGUCUCCAACUUCAACUACUUCUACCACCGCGAGACGGAGCAGGAAGAGAAGCACAUGCUGGACGCAGCGGUGGAGGCGGGGCUGAAAUCUGGGACCGGCACCAAGCGCGGCAGCACAGCCUCCCUCAACAAGGCCAAUGGCAACUGGCAGAGUGACAAAUCCAAAAAUGGGAGGCCCUGA